AUGUCCCGACCCGCCAAGCUCACCUUGGCCGCCUCGGUUCUCGUCUCGGGCCUCACGGUGUGGGGAGUCCACUACAUGCAGGAGAGAGAGCGGGAAGUGAUGUAUCGCGGUGUUGAACGCGAUGAAGCACGUCAGGAGGAGAAAAGGCGGAAACGCCUCCUCGACCUGGAACUCAAUCAGGCCAGAGAGGCGGAGUAUCAGAAAGUGCAACCGACGGCACGAUCCAAGACCGAAUGA